AUGAUUCUGAACUUCGCGAAAGUUUCUUCGAACAAGGCAUAAGAGCUCAAAAAUCGGUCAUUGAAAAGUUUUGGGAUAACGAAUGGAAAGAAAAAGAUCGGACCGCGUUAAUGAUAAAUACAAUAUAAAAUGCUUGAGUCUUGUGAUUUUUUGAAGCUUUCCUGAAAAAACAUUGACUCGUUUCGUUUCAAGUCUCGCUUUUAGGACCAUUUAGGACAUUUUCGAAACAUAAAAGCUGUUAGAACGCUUUCAAUGCUUCAUUUUUAGAACGUUUUAAAGUUUUUCGAUUUCCACAUCGUAUUGCUACAUAGCUGGAACAGUUAAGACCAUAUACGAAUGACUUGGGACAUAAAAACACGCGGAAACGAUUGAAUCUCUGCUAAUAAAAAAUAGUUUUCUUCAUAAUCAAGACUCAUAUUUGUAUUUUCUGAAGUCAACCUUGGAUCGGCUAUAUUUAAGAAGACUCUUUGUCGAUUGGCCGAAAAUUGUGGGAAAGAAGAGAAAAAGGCUUUUUUGAAAGUAUUUUUCAAGCUUGUGUGGGAAAAGAGUAUAGUCAAAAGAGCAUGAUCAAUAAUAACGAAAAAAGGACAAGAAGGCAUACAAAACGGGGAGAGGGGUAUCUGUAUCUGACGGCGUCUCGCCUCGACGAAUCCGCGAAUCCCUGUUGGCCACACGCUAUUUUGGUGCCGCCACAAAAGUCGUCUCAGAAACCGGAUUCUUCGCGACUUUCUCCGCAAGUCCAUUGAAUUCCGUCGCGCGUUUCGCUUUAUCUCGAAACUUUACCUUUCGUUUGACUUCUCGGAACGUUUGUUUUGACCUUUUUCCUGACGAUUUUUCAAUUCAGUUUUACUUUUCUAUAAAGAUUUUUGAAAUGGAAGUGAGCGAAUUAGUAACUGCUUAGGACAAUCCAGCCAAAGCCAAAUUAUCAAUAGAUCAAAAGUCACAAAAAUGAGAUACAGUAAAUGGUUUUCGAAUGGAUCGAAAUUAGGAUACAAAAGAUAGAUUCUUCGAGUUGAAAGGAAAAUAAAUUUUUUAGGUCACUGACAAAAGUAGAGUUAAAAAACAAGAAACUUUAGAGAAAUACGGUGAAUCUAAGUGUUUCAAAGCAAUUUUCGGGAUUUUGAUUGGUUUCUUCGAAAAAAGCCUUUUCAUUGAACCAAUUAUUUUUCCUUCUCAUUCGUUAAUAUUCCAGGGAACAUGAAAGUAAAAGCCGGGAAAACGGCAAAAAGCCCAAAGUUGAAAUCGAGGGAAAAGAAGAAGCCGGUAAUAAAAGGUAAUAAAAACAUUUUCGGUACUUCAUCUUCAAAACUUCAGAGGUGGACGUAGAGGAAGCGAAAGAGGAAGACUCCCUCGGAGGGUCCGAAGAAUCAGAUUUCGAAGAUGAAGAUACUCUGGAAACCUUCUCGAAACACAAAUUGGAUCUUGAAAAGUUGUUUCGAACAUAACGAAUGACUCGAAUUUUCACCUUCAGAUUAAAAGAAACAGAUCCGGAGUUUUUCAAAUUCCUUCAAGAGGAAGAUGCCGAUCUUCUGAAUGUCGAAGGCGACGAGGAGAAUGAAGAGGAAGAAGAAGAAGACGUCGACGACGACGAAGAAGAGUCGGAUGUUGAGGAACUAGAUGGCGAGAAAGACGUCAAGCCUGGUUUGUGAAUCUUUUGUGAGGUUUCGAAGAUCAAGUUGCAGAGCGGAAGCCGAAGGCCAAGCAGGACAGCGCUUCCGGAAGGUUGAUCGUCGACGGCAACAUCAUCGAGUAUCUGCAGAAUAAACUCGAUUUCGAUACAGAGGUGGGGGUUCAGAGUUCAAAGGGAGUCAUACUCGUUGGCCAUAUCUUUGGGGCUUCUUUCGCAACGUUUCUUGAAUAUUUUCUAUAGAUCUGAAAAAAUGACAUCAAACAAUCAAAACCAGGUUCGAGAUAUUUGGAGUACAGAGCUUUCAGUGAAGUGAUUAAUGUGAGAAAAAAACUUUCACCAAGAAAAUAUUCCAUACCCAUAUUUUCAUCAGAUUUGGAAAUCUUCCAUGACGGAUGACGUCAUGAAGGGAAAUGGUCUGAAAAUUGCAAAGCAAGAAAAAAAAGUUUCAAGAUGACAUGUAUUUCGUAUUUCCAUCGCAAAUCUUACAGCGAGUAAGAUAUGAUCGUACGACAUCUUGUUGAGAUAUUCUUCGCAUAGUCACUUCUUUGUGAAUUGUGCCAAUACAGAAAGAAGACGUUUCUCUUGACGCGUCGGCAGUUCGAAUGGCGGUCGACGUCUUCAUUGCCUGUGUCGCGCGUGUUGGGGCUGAUCUCGAGGCGCCGAAAUAUAUUAUACAGGAACAAGUAUUUGUUGAUUUUCAAAUGUGAAACUCCAAUCACCCGAUUCAGAGCGUUUUUGAUGAAUCUGUCCGUCUCUGCUUCCUAGCUUUACCGACUGCCUUCCAAAAGUUGCUCUCCACAAGCAAGGUUUAUUUUUAAUCACGUGAGAUGGUUGAAUCUCCAAAGCUGAACGAGGAGUUCUGAAAUGAGCUUUGAUGGAUUCUUUCCACAUAUGUUCUAUUUUAAAUUUUUUUCACUCAAAUCAAUGAAUACCUAAAACAUAGUGCAAAGAAACAUGCUAGAUUUUUCUAUAUUUGUGACUUUUUUAGUUACAAUCUUCCCCAAUCUGCUCAUUAACUUCAAAAAUCUGAGUCGAUAAAUUUUAAUUCUGUUAAAUUUAUUGCAAACGUUUUUAGUAAGUUUUUUUGAAUGUCCAGGAGAAAAUGAUAAUUUUUUUUAAAUUUCUGUGGCUUCCUUUUCUUCGUUUUCCAUAACUUAUAGUUCAAAAAAAAAACAUCAAUUGAAUGAAUAUUUAAUAUAAUCGAAAUAAAAUCUCUCAACUAAGGGCGAAGAUGAAAGUACAAAAGUAUCGCGGCCGAAACUGAAAAAGCAUCAAAACAUGCUCCGCACCUACCUGCAAGCCGUCCUCAUUGUGAGAAUCUAGCUUGGAAGUGAGGAAAAGAUCAAUAUUUUCAGUUUUUGAACGAAAUCCAAACGCCAGCAGUUAUCGCGUCGACUUUGAAGUCCAUCAUGCGGCUCGUAGAUUUCUAUGCUCAUUUCGCCAAGCUCACAAGGCAGCUCAUUAAAGUUUGUAUUCUUUUCAAAAGAAGAAAAAUACCUUCUAAACGCCAAAACCACAGUUUCACCUGAGUAUAAAUCCUAUUAAGAGUUUGACGCGUGUUUGGAGCCGGAAAACGAUUGAAUGCCGCGUGGUGGCGUUCGUGUGCAUGUCUCGACUCGUCAAGGAUUAUCCCCAGCAUUUUUCUGCUCUUUAUAAGGUUGUUGUUGCAACUCAAGAGGAAAAUGAAAACUCUGCCAAGCGAUGGAAAAUGUAUCGAACAAAUAAGGAGUAGUUGAAAUUUUUCUGUGUGGAGGAUAUGGUUUCCGGUCGCAGUGGGACUUCUGAAUUAUACAAAGAUUCCUAGAUGUAGUUUUUUCACGCUGAUUCCAAAUCUGACCGCGUAAACUGCCGGGGAGAUCUGUGAAAAAAGUUAUGAACCUUCAAAAGUCGAGAAUUUCAGUGUCUCCGAUUGAGCUCAUGUUCAGAGGGUAUGUAGUUCUCGUCCUUCACGAAUUAUUCCGAAUUUUAUUCAACUUUUUAGGGUUCAUAACUUUUUUCGCAGAUCUCGUCGGCAGUUUUUGAGAACAGAUUUGGAGUCAGCGUGAAAAACUACAUCUAGAAAGCUUUGUAAAACUCGAAAGUCCCACUCCGUCCGGAGACCAUUCCCUGCUCAGUUACUUAUUGACAACGCUUGUUCCAGAACGCCUACGUCGCUUUUGUGAGCAACUCGAAGGUGGUGACGAACGAGACGUGGCCACUUCUGCAAUUCAUGCACCGCACCUACGCCGAGCUGACGCUGCAGAAUCCUGGACAGGCAUACCGAUUCGCCUUCGUCUACAUCCGUCAAACGGCCGUUCAUCUGCGAAACGCCAUGAUCGGCAAGGGCAGAAAGGUGCGCAGAGAAUGCCAACCUUUCGAAGAUCAAUUAAUUUUUUAUUCAAAAGGGAAAUUUUGAGUUUUGUAGGACCUGGUCUAUUCGGUGUACAAUUGGCAGAUGAUUCAGUGCAUAUAUUUGUGGGUCCGAGUUGUAGCCAAAGCACACUCGGUAACAGGAGCCGAGUCCAUUGCAGAACUCGUCUACCCCCUCGUUCAGGUCAUCAUCGGCAUGUUCAGGUGCAUAUAAAAUACAUUCAAUGAAUUCGUAGGAAGACCCGGGAACAUCUGGCUUCUAAAGAAAAUUUCACAGAUUUCUGAAAACGAGUCAUUUAAAACAUACAUGGAUGAGCAUGACUGGCGGCAGCCAAGUCCCCCUCCAUGCUUGAAGAAAAAAGAAUUUUUUAUCGAACUAGUCUAGUUCGAUGGUGCUGAAUCCGAAAAUGAAAAGCGUUUUUUUCCCAAUCUCUCUUAACUUAUAGAAAAAAAAUCGUUUCUGCCAGUCAACUAAACUUUACAAAAUGAAUUUUUUUCAUUUUUCAAAGGCUUUUGUCAAUCCAUUCCCCCUUACCCUUUUUUUGCCAAGUCCCUCCCCUUUUUUUCAGUUCCCGCCGAGACUGUCCCAUGUAUGGUUUAAAAUCAGGCUGGUUUUCUGAAAAAUCUCACCUUGUUUUCUCUUUAUGUUUCCAUAUCUACUAUUCUUUUUGGAAGAAAAAAAGCGCAGAUUGUCAAAUGCACCCACCUUUCUGCCGCUCCGGUUUCACUGCUGUCAACUACUGAUCCAGCUGCAAGCCAGUUGCGCGACAUUCAUUCCUGUACUGCGGUAUGCCACGGAGGUAGGUUCUAACCGUUAGCUUUGUUUGAGAAUUAUGAUAGGUAUUUUGUUUUCUUAAAAUAUGAGUUUUCGAAAACCGAUAACUCUUGAAUACAAAAAAUGUUUUCAUCAAAUCACUGUAACGAGAUUGUUGUUUUCAGGCGCUUGAAGAACUCGGCCGAGAACUGAAAAGAAAGCCUUCGGUGGGGAAAACCGUCACGAAGAUUCCGGACAUCGAAUGCACGCUUCGGGUGGGAUAUAAUGAAAUCGAGACAAACUUUACUGGAAAAGGCCCUCUACUUUUCUUUCUUGAUCUUUCGCCUGUAUCGACUUUCUUGAAAAACUGUUGACAUCUAUUCUUCGCAGCUUUUUGUUACCUAACUUCCUUGUUAAGGUGCCAUAGAAAUGAGGAUAUUCAGAUAUCGUCUCAAUAUUCCGACACUCCGCAAUGGCGGAAAGCGGCCUGCGAGUACAUUUUCCGGACAAUGAUGCAAGGCGCUCAUCUGCUCGCCAGCCAGGCCGGUUUUCCUGACGUCAUCGUUCCGGUCAACCACGCGGUUUGUCCCUCGAAUCUCCUUGUCGACGAAAAAUAUCAGUUCCGAAUCGCGUAAAGAACCGAGGUAGAGCAAGUUUCUUCUUUAGUGCAGUUCUUUUUUGAUUAUAAAGCUUUCGAAAUGCGCUCAGACUACCCAAAAUCAAAAUCUGCAAAAAAGCGUGACAAAAAAGUUUCGAAUUUUUAUUCCUCAGAUCUCAUCGCUGCUCAGCGAGCUCAAAAACGCAGACUACGCGCAGUUGUUCCGCGGAUUGCAGUCGAAGCUACGAGAGCACUCCAAGUACAUCCAGGACAUCCUCAAAAAGAAAGAAAUUCGUCUAAAUGAUGAGGUCCAAGUGGUUUGUGCAAUAGCGCUGUGUUGAGAAUAUCCUUCUUAUCUCACAGCUCGCCAUCCGCUUCCAUCUCAAUAGCCCGGAUUCGCCGCUUCGGGCCUACUACCGUCAAUGGGAACAUGUGUGGAAGAUGAAGCACCAAGCUCUCACUCAAGUAAACUUUCAUGAUAGAAUUUUCAGUUUACAGAAAAAAAUGAAUAAUUUUAAGAGCAGCCAAGCUGAGAGCAAAGUUGACGAAAAGAAAAACGCCAAGAAGCGCAAGGCCGUUGAAAACGCAAACAAGAAAGAAAUGGAAAAAGAGGUUCAGUAUCAGUUAGAUUUAUGCAAUCGUUCGAUUGUAGGAAGAAGUAAUUGGCGCUCCAAAAAAAAGAAAGAAAGCGACGCCGGCAGCCAAAAAAGCAGACGCCUCGAUUGCCGACACAUUCGCCGACCUCAGCGCUUGGAGCGACGAAGAAUCAUGA